GUGUUUGUUCAGGGUCAGAUGUACUCCUGAUAUUAUUCUCGGACAGUUAAUAAUUGGCCAGCAGUUGUUCGCAAGAACCAGUCGCGGAAUUGCCGUUUUACUAGGAAAGUGUAAGAGAGAGAGAUAGAGAUCAAGGUCAAAAUCAGGGUCACGUUCAAGGUCAAGGUCGAGAGUAACGUCAAGGUGAGCUGACGAAAUGAAGACAAAGAACAAGUCGUUAUUCAGCAGGCUAUGUAAGUGUUACAACAAGAAGGAAAUGUCAGAUGUGCGGAUAUAUGAGAACAGAGAUCCGGGACCGUCUUUUCGUGAUCCAGAGGGGUGCCUAAAUCCAACAGACGAGAUAAGAGAUGCCUGCAAGGAUCUGGUCCUAUCCGAUGACCAGCUGCGGCAGGUCAUGCUGACGCUCACCAACGAGAUUAAGAAGGGCCUGGCAAAGGAGACUCACGACGAUGCGAUCGUCAAGUGCUUCACUACAUACGUGCAAGAUCUACCAAACGGCACCGAGAAAGGCAACUUCCUGGCGCUGGAUUUGGGUGGUACGAACUUUAGAGUAUUGCUAAUCACCCUGAACGGUCAGAAUUUCGACAUGAAAAGCAAGAUCUAUGCGAUACCUCAAAGUUUAAUGCUUGGAACCGGUACCCAGCUGUUCGAUCACAUCGCUCAGUGUUUGGCGUUGUUCGUAAAAGACCUGAACUUACAGAACGAGGUACUACCAUUAGGCUUCACGUUCAGCUUCCCCCUGACCCAAUUCGGAUUGACAGAGGGCCACCUAGUGAGGUGGACCAAGGGCUUCGAUUGUAGCGGCGUGAUCGGACAGGAUGUCGUUGCCCUUCUCGAAGAUGCAAUUAGUAGAAGAAAAGACGUUAAAAUUGAUGUGUGCGCAAUCCUAAAUGACACUACCGGCACUUUAAUGUCAUGUGCUUGGAAGAAUCAAAACUGUCGAAUCGGUUUAAUUGUCGGUACUGGAUCCAAUGCCUGCUAUGUUGAAAAGACGAAGAACGUAGAAUGUGCAAUUCCAGGCAACUAUCACCAGCACAAGCCCUAUAUGCUCAUCAACACGGAAUGGGGAGCAUUUGGCGAAAAUGGCGCGCUAGAUUUUGUGAUGACUGAAUUCGAUCGUGCCAUAGAUGAAAAUUCUAUCAACCCUACCAAGCAGCUGUUUGAGAAGAUGAUCUCGGGAAUGUAUAUGGGUGAACUGACGAGGCUGGUUCUCGAGAAAUUAGUGAACGCUGGCCUUCUCUUCGGCGGCAAAUGCCCUCCCGAUCUCAAAAAACGCGGCAAAUUCUUCACGAAAUAUGUAUCCGAGAUUGAGAACGAUCCAAAAGGAAGGUACACAAAUUGCCGGGAAGUAUUGGCCGAGUUGGGGAUACAGAAUGUUAGGGAUGUAAGCGAUCAGGAUUGUGAGAAUGUAAGAUAUGUGUGCUCAGUGAUAUCGAGAAGAGCAGCGCAUCUCUCGAGCGCAGGAAUAGCGACGUUGCUGAAUAAAAUGGGGGAGAACAAUGUCACAGUGGGCAUCGACGGAUCGGUAUAUCGAUUCCACCCGCAUUUUCACGAUCUCAUGACGGAGAAGAUCAAUCAAUUGCAGAACUACAAGUUUGACUUGAUGCUCUCGGAAGACGGUAGCGGUCGUGGAGCCGCUCUGGUCGCGGCGGUGGCGUCGCAGAGGCGGUGAAGACGCGGUUGUUGGUAGCGAGCUAGCUGCAAUUCAAUUAUAUAUGUAUAAAAUCGAAUGGUAUGAGAGAUCGGAGCGAAUGACGAACGAGUGAGAGCGAACGAGUGGGAAAGAAAUUGGGGAACUUUUUUCUUGCGUUUCUUUCAGCCGCACUUUUUACACUCUGUCUUCUUCCUUCAUUUAAAAUCAUUUUAGAUCAUUCUUCUAAGGCUUCUAUGAAGCCUGAAUAGGUUUCCGAUUAGGAAAAGGGCCCAUAGCUAGAUUGAAGUGUUCGAGAACUAGAAUACGUUUAUGCGGGUCUGCUUUUGAUAAAAAAAAAUUUUUUUAAAGUAACACGCAUUGCUACGCGUGUUACCUGCUUUGUUUUGAGUGUGAAAAGAUGCAAGAAAGCGUUUAAAAGAAAUGAACGGAAUCUGAAAAUUGCGCGAUGAAUACUUCUUGUACAUAGAGCACAAACAAUAACUUAGCGGAUUACAAAGACGGUGACUACUUAGUUAAUGUUCUUGCGAGAGAAAAAUCAGAGAAAAUCAAGAAUAUAAAUAUACUUCCUGCGGCGGUCUAGUACAACGAUCGCUAAUUAGCGUGAUUCGCAUAUCCACUCGUUAGCGUAAUCUUGCAAUUCUGCAAGACAAAAUUAGCGAAAAGCGUUAAAUAUAUUUGAAUAAAACAAAACAAAAAAAAAUAAAUAAAACUGCCGGAUGUAUUAAACCGGUGAGAAAAAAUGUCGAGUGGCCGUGUCAAUUGUUGAUUGUUAAUAAAAAUGUUGUGAUGAGUGUAAACAAAUUAAAUCAACGAUAAAUAGAUCAUAGCGAUUGUCAGAUGAAUUUGACAAAUUCGAGAAUAAACACAGUUUUCCAUCAA